CAAAUAGGGAACCUCUCCUUUCUAAGGGGAAUCAACCUUGCAGAGAAUGACUUUCAGGGCGAGAUUCCUCAAGAAAUUGGCCGUUUAUCCCGGCUGAGAUUUCUUAAUCUAAGCAACAAUGCUUUACAAGGGGAAGUUCCAGGUAAUUUGAGCUUUUGUUCUAGUCUUGAAGUUUUGAACGUGUCUUACAAUAUGCUUGUAGGCAAAAUCCCAAAUAGCUUGGAAACCUUGGGGGUGAAGAGGCUAAAUACUCUCUUGCUCAAAUCUAAUAACUUGACAGGAACUAUCCCAAAAUGGCUAGGAAAUGCUUCUUCACUUGUUCAAUUGUCAUUAGUAAGUAAUGAACUACAUGGAAGCAUCCCUGUUGAGCUCCAAAAACUCCCAAAUCUUUCAGUUUUAGGAGUUAGUGCUAACAAUUUAUUUGGUAUCAUUCCUCCUGCUAUUUACAAUAUAUCCUCACUCAUUUCUCUUCUCUUAGCAUUCAACCAAUUUCAUGGGCAAAUACCAAAUGAUAUAGGUUUAACCCUUCCAAAUCUUCAAGCCAUUCUUUGUGGAGGUAACUACUUUACUGGGCAGCUUCCGGUUUCAUUGUCGAAUGCUUCACAACUGAUACAAAUCGGAUUUGAAUUCAACAAUUUCAAUGGACCUGUGCCUCCGAAUCUAGGAAGAUUGAGUGCUCUGAAAAAAUUGACUCUUCAAGGAAAUCAAUUAGAAAACAUGGAGGGAGACGACUUCAGUUUCUUAGCUUCUUUGACUAAUUGCAGUGAACUCUCCAUGCUAGUUUUUGCUCAAAAUCGUUUUAAAGGUCAUUUGCCUACUUCAAUUGCUAAUCUUUCAAGGACGCUUGAAUUUUUGGGUAUACAGAGUAAUCAGUUUUCAGGUAGAGUACCUGAUGAAAUUGGCAACUUGAUUGGCCUUACAUCAUUGAUUUUCUCUCAGAACUUCUUCACAGGUGAAAUUCCAAAUGGUAUUGGCAGACUAAAAAAGUUGCAAAAACUUUGGUUAUCUGAUAACCAACUUUCAGGUACAAUUCCCUCCUCAAUUGGGAACCUCACCCAGUUGCUUCAUUUGCAUCUUGAGGGAAAUCAUUUAAAAGGUGAAAUACCUCUUAAUUUGGGAAAUUGUAGAAAUCUUUUCGAAGUCUACCUGUCUCAUAACAACAUUACUGGUUCCAUACCAAAAGAAGUUCUAAGUUCUACUAUCAUAAUUUUAGACUUCUCAGGAAAUUUCUUAUCUGGGUUAUUGCCUCUAGAGCUAGGAAAUAUGACCAAACUACUUGCUUUGGGCCUUUCCCACAAUAGAUUAUCUGGAGAAAUUCCAAGUACUUUGGCAAAUUGUCUUAUGAUGGAACAACUAGAUAUGCAGGAUAACUUAUUUGUGGGUAGCAUCCCAUCCUCCUUAAGUGCUUUGAAAAGUCUUCAUUACCUUGACCUUUCAAGAAAUAAUUUGUCUGGACAAAUUCCAAAAUACUUCCAAAAUCUCACCCUGCUACAGUAUUUGAAUUUGUCUUUCAACAAAUUUGAAGGAGAGGUUCCAUAUGAAGGAGUCUUUGGAAAUGCAAGUGCAGUUUCAGUUGUUGGAAACCAACACCUCUGUGGAGGCAUUCAGAAGCUUGGACUCCCUCCAUGUAAGGUCCAAGGCCUAAAGAAGAACAACAAGUCUCACAAUCUUAAAAUUGUGAUUCCAGUUGUUUCCUGCUCAAUCUUAUUAGCAGUUUUUCUGUUUCUGAUUUUUUUUACUUGGGCAAGGAGAUCCAAGAGGAAAGCCCCUUCAAUGUUGCAAAUACAAGAAACAUUUCCAAAGAUUUCUUUUGCAGAGUUAAGUCAAGCAACUAAUGACUUCUCAUCAGCUAACUUGAUUGGCGAAGGAAGUUUUGGCUCUGUUUAU